AUGGUAUCAGCAGCAUCAUCAUCCUAUCCAGAUGUUCAGAUUCCAAAGUUGACACGUUUUAAUCGAGCGGUACUGUCACGAUAUGGUAAACGUAGUUAUCCAGAAGCAAAUCUGUUCGACAGUGAAAAUGUUGAUCCACCAACAAAUGGUGAAUAUACGUUAUGUCGACGUAUUCAAGGUGAUCUGCUGUUAUGCCCAGGACUUAAUGCACGACAAAUGUAUCAAAAAAAAUAG